AUGUUGGCGACGAGCUUGGAGCAGCAGCUUCGCCUCAUUGUGGCAAACGUCCGACCCGACCAUUAUAUGCUAAUGUGGCUGACAUCGAGAACGACCGAGGCGUCCCAGCUGGCUGAAGAGUUCAUAGAAGACUACGUGACCGUCCACGUCGGUGAGACGAGCCAGGUAUUCCAGUGCCGCCGUGCAGAGCCCAUCGUGUGCGUUUGCGACGAGAACGAUAAGGAGGACAGGCUUGUAGCCAUUUUCGGAGACAAUCUCAACGAUAAGCGGGACAAGACAAUCGUGUUCGUCGAGUCUAAAGGGAAAGUGGAUGACCUCGUGACGAGCUUGCGGCUCAGGGGCUGGUCUGCCGUGGGCAUGCUCAGCAAGAAAACUGAGCAGGAGCGUGAGUAG